GUUCACACAAAAGCAGCACUGUCUCUUUAAGGCAGCCAGCAUCUGUCAGGAUGAGCGAGGGGUGGAGGGAGUGAGCCCCCUUGUGUGAAAGUGGUACUGGAAACGUGACAUCACGCUCGACCAAUCAGAGGCCUUGUCCUUAGCCGUCUCCUCCUUUCCUGCUACUGAGAUGCAAGUGUUGAGGCUACUGAAGACAUGGAGCUGAGCUGCUGAUGCUGCUAAUGCUGCUGCUGAUGCUGCUGCUGCUGCUGCCGAGGCAAAGGAUCCAGAGCAUGAUCGCCUCACAUCAGAAGGCAGGAGCUGGUACUUCCUGUGACGGUCUGGAGGUUUUCUCUGUUGCUUCCUCAUUCUCAGAUGAUCAUGCUCCGCCUCAAACACCUAAACUACAGUCUCCCCAAAGGCACACUGAGAUCAGUGACAAAGGACAGAGAUGAAUCUUGUUGUUGAUAAGAACGGGGAUCGAAGGCCCAGCUGGACCUGGACGGGUCCAAACCAAGGUAGCCAUGGCAAAGAGAGACUACCUGGUGGAAGCAGCCAAACAGAUCCGCAUGGCACUGGACAGUGAGGUCAACGAGGAUUAUGAGGCAGCUUUCAGUUACUAUAAGAACGGAGUGGACCUGUUACUGAAUGGAGUACAGUUGGACCCUAACAAAGAGCGCCGAGAGGCAGUGAAGAGAAAGACAACGCAGUAUCUGAAAAGAGCGGAGGAAAUCUUCAUCACACAUCUGCAGGAUAACCUCGGGAAAGGGAGUUCUCAUUUAGGGGGUUACAGCAGUCUCAGAUUCCGCCCAAUCAGACACUUGAGUUCCCCAGUGGAGGACUUGGAAAUGUGCAAGGUUAUCGGUGUUGCUGAUAAGGUCCUGAUUGUCCAAAGUAUGGUCAAUAAGGAGACUUUUGUUGUAAAGAGUUUGGUCAAGUCAAGCUGGGAGAGCAGGGACCAACCAACCAUCAUUCCUCAGGGGGUUCCAUACAUGGUGAAGUUGUUGAGAUACUACGUCAGUGAGGAUGCCGUCUAUCUACAUCUUGAGCAUGUCAAAGGUGGGAGACUCUUUUCCAAACUACACAAGCUGAGAACGGAGAAGGCUAAGGAACACCCAGAAUGCUUUACCUCUGGCCAGCACAGCAUCAAGCUUAGGACCAGCUACACCUCUCCAAACAUCAGCUCAGACUACCAGCACAACACCAGGGGAGGCUUUCCUGAAAAGCUGAGCGAUGAAAGCCCUGAUACAGACUUCCCUACAUCAUGGGACGAGACACAGCAGCGUGUGGAGAGCUGUGGAACGCACUCCUACAUCGAGGAGACCGGUUGUCUGCAGAACACACGUUCAGCAGCUUCAUUUUUCAACAAGCUUGAUCGACUGAGUCUGCACUCGGGCCCGGCAAGGACACGGGUCAACGCGCGUAUCCAUCCACCAGCUCCUAGUUUGUGUUUGCACUCCAGCGAAACUCAGGAAAAGCCUGCUCUUCCCCUUUCAUGCACUCGUGUCAGUCAAGCUCUUGACGUCAUGUCGGAGCUCCAGACAAAGAAAACUGCGGUGGGACUGAUGGAGUGCAGCUCCCAGUUUGAACAGGCUUGGAAAGCUGCAGAUCCAGCUCAGAACUGUGGGAAAAUAAACCCCUAUGCACUUACUGACAGUAAGUUAGAAAACAUAUUGGAACAAGCGUCACCUCACACAAAUCAGACCUCAUUUCUAAAAGCAGGGCCCGCAAACAAUGACCAUAACCAUUUAAGUUCAUCCCCUGCCAUUUUGCAUCUUCCUCUCCAUUGCCAAACUCAGAUCCGUGGCAGAGCAUCAUGGGAUACCAAUGGCUGUAACCAGGGAUCUGUUUUUAUCAGCAACUCUGCGGACAUAGCUACAGACCCAUUUCAUGACAACAGCAGUCCCACCUCAGACGAAAGAAACGGUAUCGUAGUGAUCAGAAGCACGGACAGAUCGGUGUUUUCUGAACACUCCUCAGAAACUCCAUGGUCCUGUUCUACAUCACUCCAACACAGCACGGAAGAAACACGGGGUAUUUCAUCAGGACGGCCUCUGCCGCUGUCAGGGCUGAACUUCAAACAGGAGACAAGUCUCUGUGAGGUAGAAAGUAUGGAAGACGCCUGUGAGCUGCUGAGUCAUACAGAGAAGCUGACUUCUGCUAAAGAGAGAUCAUUAGUUGGCUGGUUUAAUCCUCCUGGUAAUCCACCAAUGAGAACAGAAGACAAAGACGCUUCCUUCAAACCAGUCAAAUCAGAGGGUGAUGAUCAGAUUAUUGAAGUGGACGGCUGGUGUCAUCUACCUCGAAUCCCGCAGAAGGCGAUGCAGCCUAAAGUUCAGGCCAUGAAGACCUGCUGGGGCCUUCCAGAGGCAGAAGUUUGUGUUUGGGGGGCACAGAUUCUCCUGGCCCUGGAAAGUCUGCAUCAGCAAGGAAUCCUCUGCCGGGAUCUGAAUCCAAGAAAUGUUCUGCUCACCAACAAUGGAAAGGUCUUCUUGACAUUUUUUGGCCAAUGGAGUGAGGUUCAGUCAGAGAUUAGCUCCAAAGCCAUGGAACAGAUGUACUGUGCACCAGAAAUUGGUGGUGUUUCCAGGGCCACAGAGGCCUGUGAUUGGUGGAGUCUUGGAGCCCUGCUCUUUGAACUUCUAACAGGAAUGCCACUGUGGCAGCUCCACCCAGCAGGCAUCCACUCUCACACCCAGCUGCUCAUCCCUGACCACCUGAGCACCGCAGCUGCAUCUCUGCUCACUGAGUUGCUUCAGUUCGAUGCUGGCUAUCGUCUGGGCUCUGGUGGUGGAGGCGUGAGCGACAUUAAGUGCCAUCCCUUCUUCAGCAGCAUCUCCUGGAAAGCUCUGAGCUGCUAGCAACGGACUGUCGAUUCACCUUUAACCUGAAAAGGUCCCACAGGAACAUUCAUCUCCUGCGCAUCAGCGCCCUCAAAUGGCCAAAGCGGAUAUCGCCAUAUUCCUCCUUCUAUUCUGAAUUGAGUGAUGAUCGAAAAAUAUCAUCAUACGAAUGAAAAUAAAUACAGGAACAUUAACAGAAACAUUU